AUGUGUUCGGUGGAGAGUGCCCGGAACGCGGAGACGGAGAAGGAGGAGGAUUCUGGGUUUGGAGCGGUGGUGGAGGAGAGGAGGGAAGCGAGGGUGAAGAAGAGGAGAGGGGUAGGGGAGGAGGAGGAGAGGAGGGAGGAAGGGGAGGAGGAAGAGGAGGAGGAUUGGGAGGGGAGGAGGGAGGUUGAUGGGUCGAGGGAGUUGUGGAGGUGGAGGAGAGUUUUCUCAAGUGAGGAGGAGGAAAGAGAUCUGUUUCAGGUGGAAGUGGGGGAGGCGGCGGGAAGAGAGGGUGAUUUAGGUUGGACAGUAGGUGUAGUGUGGUUGAGAAGUGGGGUUUUCAGCUCCGGAAUCAUCAUUACAAUACUUUAG